AUGGCAUCUAGUGAAAAAAAGAGGAGAACUGAAGAAGAGAACCGAGAGUUCAAUCAGGAUUGGACGGAGUCGUUUGCGUUCAUAUGCAACACAGAUGGCCUUCCGACUUGUCUCAUCUGCCAUGAAAAGCUCGCACACAAUAAGAAAUCGAAUUUGGAGAGACAUUUCACUACUAAACAUACCCAGUUUGCUAGUAAUUAUCCAACUGGUAACGCACGAAAAAAAGCUGUUGAAGAGCUUCAGAAAAAACAACUACAGUCCAGUUCCAUGUUAACUAACUGGGCGCAAUCUUCCAGUAAUGUCAAUCUUGCAAGCUUUGCAGUAGCAUUAGAAAUUGCAAGAAGAGGAAAACCAUUCACAGAUGGUGAGUACUGA